AUGGGUCUCACAAAGGAGCAGCGGAUAGGCAUAUUGCUCGGCAUCGACGGCGUAUUCUUCUUGAUCGAACUUUCAGUUGGCUAUGCUGUACACUCCCUGGCCCUGGUGGCCGAUGCCUUUCAUAUGCUGAACGACGUUCUUUCCCUGUGCGUCGGUCUCUGGGCCGUCCGAGUCGCCAACACUGGAAGUUCGAAAAUGUACACAUACGGUUGGCAGAGAGCGGAGACGCUGGGCGCUUUGGUGAAUGGCGUCUUCCUCGUCGCAUUGUGUUUGUCUAUCUUUCUGGAGGCCAUCCAGCGAUUCGUCGAGCCACAAGUGGUUAGCAACCCCAAACUCGUCCUCAUAGUCGGAUGCUUCGGUUUGGCAUCCAACAUAAUGGGCCUUUUCCUGUUCCACGAUCACAGCCACGGACACGGCGGCGAAGAAGAGCAUAGCGAGGCCGAGCGAGGACAUAGCCACAGCCAUGAGCAAACCGACAGGAUCAAGGAUCAGAAUGGCAGUAUCGCUGAUGUGCUACCUUCAGUCGUCGUCGCAAAUGCUUCCCAGUCACCACAACGCUACACAGCAUCAGAUGAAGACACCACAACUCUGUCUGCACAAUCAUCACAGACACCCCAGACGCCAAAUCGAAAAUCAGUCAGUGGGAGCGAAGGCCACCGUCGGAGACGUGCUUCUGGAUCAUUUGGUCGUGGUUUCGGUUCCGUAGACCACAUAUCUGUCCACCCGGCAUCUUUCAGAAACGAGAUCAUAGCAGCUUCACGGCUAGAAGAACGUGACGAAGAAUCUGCAGAUGAGGAAACGGCACUCCUGCAGGAACCUGGCUCCCCCAAUAUUGGUCGAAAUGGCUCGACAUCGAAACAUUCCCACGACCACGCCAAUUAUGGCAGUACGAAGCGCGCGAGUAGGACGUAUGAUCACGGUGGGCACAAUCAUAACCAACCCAAGGACGCUGGACACGAUGGUCACAGUCACGGCGGCCAUGGUCACUCUCACGGCGACUUGAACAUGCGAGGCGUCUUCCUUCACGUCUUGGGAGAUGCACUGGGCAACAUUGGCGUCAUAAUCACAGCUCUCAUCAUCUGGCUUACCAAAUUUCCCGGACGAUACUAUUUCGACCCGGCUGUUUCCCUGGUCAUCACAGUCAUCAUCCUCGCCUCCGCCAUACCGCUCUGCAAGGCUGCAAGUCGCAUCCUUCUGCAAGCAGUCCCAAUGGGCAUGAGCAUCGACGAGAUUCGAGCCGACAUCGAGAGCCUGGAUAGAGUCCUCGAAGCCCACCAUGUGCAUGUUUGGCAGCUUAGUGACACCAAAUUGGUCGCCAGUCUGCAUGUCAAGGUGGACUGCCCGAUCGAAGGAGUCGGCAGCGAUAGCUACAUGCAUCUCGCUCGAGAGAUCCGCCGCUGCCUACACGGCUACGGUAUCCACAGCAGCACGAUACAGCCCGAGUUCACGACAGCAGCAGAUAAUGCUGCACUGAACGCAUUUGUCGAGGAGCAACAAGCAGGCUCGGGCGCGGUCAGUCCAAAUACUGCCACCGCUAGUAAGGCUGGUAGUCUGAGGUCGGAUGCGGGCAAUCGGACGUGUUUGCUGGACUGCUCAGACGCGUGUGCAGAUUCAAAGCAAUGUUGUCCGCCUGGUGAUGCGAAGAAGUAG